GGGAGCUGUGUCCGGGUCUCGGCAACGCGAGGUUACUAUGGCUUUUUCGCUUAUGCGGUCUGACCCAUCAGAACCGGUCCUGCUCUUAUAAAAAGUCUUCUUUGGGUGUCUUCCACGCCGCCUCCUUGCUGUCACUCUCCCAGGUUUUCAGUUCCAGCAGCCGUCCAGUCCCACUUGUUUACGCCAAGCUGAUCUGCAAGAUGCGCACGGGAUCGCUGAUCGUCCUCGCCCUCCAGGCCGCCUCGUCGGUUCUCGGGGCGCCCCAGGCCACCAGCACGGCCGUGCCCUCGUCGGACCCCGAGGAGGCGCUGCAGCAGCUGCAGGCGCUGAACGACGCCGCCGCGCAGCAGGCCCAAGACGCUGUCAGCAGCAACAACAGCACCGUUGCGUCCCGCAGCUCCGCCGGCGGCGCUUGUACUCUGAGCAACCUCAAGGUCCGCCGAGAAUGGGGCACGCUGAGCAAGCAGGAGAAGAAGGCCUACAUCAGCGCCGUCCAGUGCCUGAUGUCCAAGCCGGCGAACACGCCCUCCGAGCUGGUGCCCGGCGCCAAGAACCGCUUCGAUGACUUCGUUGCGUCGCACAUCAACCAGACCAUGGAGAUCCACUACACGGCCAACUUCCUCUCCUGGCACCGCUAUUUCACCUGGAUGUACGAGAAGGCUCUGCAGACCGAGUGCGGCUACACGGGCACCCAGCCGUACUGGAACUGGGGUAUCACGGCCAUCACCGGCCUGGAGAACUCGCCCGUGUUCGACGGCAGCGACACGUCCAUGUCGGGCAACGGCGCCGUCGUGCCGAACGAGGGCGACGUCGUGAUCCAGACCAACAACGGCCUGCCGCCGAUCGUGCUGCCGCCCGGCACCGGCGGCGGCUGCGUGACCUCGGGCCCGUUCCAGAACAUGACGGUCAACCUGGGGCCGGUCAGCCUCAGCCUGGCGGGCGGCGGCGUGGGCACGAACCCGGACGGGCAGUUCGCGUACAACCCGCGGUGCCUCAAGCGCGACCUGACCACCAAGGUCAACCAGAUGUUCGCCAACGCGUCGGCCAUCGUGUCCAACAUCCUGGUGCCGCGCGACAUCGACACGUUCCAGAUGCAGAUGCAGGGCGUGCCGGGCACCGGCAACCUGGGCAUCCACGGCGGCGGGCACUACUCGAUGGGCGGCGACCCGGGCCGCGACUUCUUCGUGUCGCCCGGCGACCCGGCCUUCUACCUGCACCACUCCAUGAUUGACCGCGUCUGGUGGCUCUGGCAGUCGCUGUCGCCCCGCGACCGCACCCAGGGCCCCACCGCCAUCGCGGGCACCCGCACGUUCCUCAACAGCCCGCCCAGCCCCAACGCCACGCUCGACGACCUCGUCGACCUGGGCUACGCCGGCGGCCCGCCCCUGCCGAUCAGGGACCUGCUGAGCACCACCGCCGGCCCGUUCUGCUACAUCUACCUGUGAUUGAUGAUGGGCACUGCCCGCCCACCGCUUGCUCUUCUGGGAGAGACCGUUUUGAUACGAGAUAGGACACAGAGAGAGUAGGUCAAAUACACCGUAAUACUUAAGUCUUAAAAUCCUUCAGCCCAGUA